AUGUCACAACCAUCAGAACUACCAACGGGCCCUGUCAUUGGCGCCACAGUUAUCAACGAAUCGAGUGCAACUCAACCGAAGAAAGAAGGAUGGCAAGCUCAAGUACCGUCAUGUCCUAUAACGGGUUCACCGACAAUUCAAUUCCUUCCAGAACCUACCGCAGACUUCGACCCUCAUAUUGGCGCCAAACCGUGCUCCCCCUUUUAUGCUCAUGACGACAAUAACACAUCACUCGAAUAUCUCAAAAACGAAGCCACCAUAGCCGCACAAAGAUAUGGCUCGAACGACCUUGAAAGCGGCGUCCCGUCCACACCUCGAAAACGCUCGCUAGAUGUUCAUGGCCGUGUGCGAUGCUCGAAGCUCUGGGCUGAGAAGAAGAGGAGAUGCGAUUACCUGUCAUCGCUGACCAGGAGACAGCGUCUGAUAGUGAAGCUUGUGUUGGCGCUAAUAAUUAUUGGCGCCAUGAUUGGCAUUGCAAUGGGCAUCACGGUAGCCGUGGGAGGAGGGGUGUGGAAGUCAGCCAAUGUGAAAGGCACUCUCGGCAGGCUAAGCUAUAUACCACGUCAAUCCUUUUUAAAUGCCUUUUGUCUCUUGUUGGGGGUUAAACGACGCAAGACUUGUCAGAAAAAAGAUGGCCCCAGCACAGACUAUCCGGAUAAUCAUGGCUCCGGGCUCCUCUAG